UAGGCAUCGACGGUUUGGUGAUUGCGCAAGCCGAUCGGAGCUUCCUUUUCUUUCUACUGGCAAUGGCCGCUACCAGGAAGUAGGGCAACCGGAUGGUUUGCAAGACCUCAAAGUUAGCCAAAGAAAGAAAGAAAUAUCCACCCGCCCCCCCAGGGUCAUCUGAUCAGUAAUGACUGGGAACAUGGCCACCACCAGGAAUGCUUCACAGCUCUUCUUGGUAUUUUUCUUGUUGCUUUUUUGCCUACCUGUAGUGGAAGCUUUAGAUAUGGGUGAUGCAUUAGCUUUGCUGCUAGGUGUGGCUCUUAGUUGUGUUGGAUUCUGUGCCUGCCUCGGUCUAUAUGCAAGAAGACAACAUGGAGAGCAAUGACUUUAAGUCCAAAAUGUUGAGCUGAAGUGCAACUGUCCUGAUGGAUGUUGUUGUAAUUAAGGAAGAGUUUCAAGAUGUUCCCCAACUCAUCAAAUCUUUAUUGCUGUGUACUGCUCAAGAAGAAAGACCAUAAUCGAAAAACUGUGGAGAAAGCUGCUUCAAGUUCAUAAGAACAUUUUAUAUGUAAUUAAGGUGUUGCCUUAAAUGAGAAUGCUACUGGUUUUCAAUUGCAUAUGAAAAAGUUAAUUAUUAACAGAGGUGCAGCAGGAAAUAUAGAGGGGCAAAAGAGAAUAUAGUUUGCAUUCAAAUGAUAUACAGAAAAUAUACGACAUAGGAAACAUAACUAUCCUCAUAAUUAAUUUAGAGAUGAUUGUUUUCAUCUAAUGAAAUAUUUCUCUAUUUCAUUUUUCUCCAAAUCGAACCAAAGUAUUUUGUUGUAAAAUCAAUUUGCUGUGUACCAUCCAAUGUUUUGUUGUUUUCAUCUGGUUACAAUUUAUGUUACGAUUAAUGUUGAAAAGUUAGUCUCCAUUGUCUCCUUAAAGCAUUGCAGAUAUUCUAAUAUAGCAGUAUGUAAUCCAGUGCCAUCAAAUGUUUACUUUAUAACUCCCAUAAUCUCUGACCAUCAGCCAUUUGAUUUAUGAGAAUUGUAAUCUAAAAUAUGGUAGCAGAGUCAUGGGUUGAUUGAAGGAAGAGAUGCCAGAUUUUCCUACUUGUAGAAAUGGGUACAGCCAUUCUUGCCCAUGCAAGCUUAAAUACAUACGAAGCCUGACUUUUUCUUUCUAGUAAGCUUUCUAUUCACUUCAGUAGAACUUGCAGAAAUGUUCCUCAUAGAUUAACUUUUAUGAUUUCUCAGUUCUACAGAAGAAUUGCUGGGAACAAUAUUUAAAUGACCAAACCUUUUCUAUACAGUAUAUAUCUCCUCACUUGUAUUGUUUGCACAUUUUUAAUAAAUUGUGAAACUUUCACUAUUUUCAAAGUAUUGAAUAAGGUAAAGGAUUAAUGGGAAUUGAACAAUGGUUUAUUCUUGGUAACUAAAUAUACUUUAAUAUGAGGUUAACUUAAUAACAUCCAUGCUCUUUAACGUGUCCUUUGCUGCUUUAAUUCAUCCAUGAUUAAAUAUUAGAUAUUGAAAAUAUGCCUAAAAUUAACAAGGGCACUGUUGAAGCUCA